UUGAGCGAGCGGAAGCGCCGCUUUCAUUUUAAUCUUCGGAGCUUUUAAAUCAAUUAUAAAGUGUUUUUCACUGCUGGAUUUACUGUGGAACCUUUAAUGUGAGCUUUUAGCCGCCAGAGUUCCUGUUUGAGGCCUUUUUAAGAGCAGGAAGAGGCGUGAGGGGCUGAGCUGCUGGCUGGGCCGAAACCGGCUGUGUGGAGCGACCGCAGAUCAGCCAGAGUUCAGCCGUCAGCAUCCGCCCUGCUCAGCCUGGAACUACUUUACUGACUUAUUUAUUUACUCACACACUCUCACUGCGUGCGUGUUUACUGUUAAACUGAACCAGUCUGUCUGCCGGAAGUGUGUUUGGUUUAAGACUGACUAUUCCGCCCUUACUGCUGGAGCUUAGCCUGUAAACACAAGAGGAAGCCGAGAGGACAUGAAGCAGAACCACGACUGUGUUGUUCCUGGUUUUAAGGUUCUUCUGCUGUAAUGAUGGACAUGUUUACAGAUAUUAACCACAGAAACCAUCCAGUUUGGCUCGUUGUGGACAGACCAGCAGUUUUCAUGAGAUCUGGAUGAAGUAGAUGUAUUAUAAACACACUGUUACUGAACCCACUGUUACCUUCAUCAUCAUCAUCAUUAUUAUUAUUGUUAUUAUUAUUAGUGUGUUUUAGUCCAGGAGAAAUGUCCUUCUUUAACCUGAGGAAGAUCUUUAAGCUGGGUACAGAGAAGAAGAAGAAGCAGUAUGAGCACGUCCACAGAGAUGUGAACCCUGAGGAGCUGUGGGAGAUCGUGGGAGAGCUCGGUGAUGGAGCUUUUGGAAAGGUCUACAAGGCUCAGAACAAACAGACGGGGGUUUUCGCCGCUGCUAAAGUGAUCGAUACCAAGACGGAGGAGGAGCUGGACGACUACAUGGUGGAGAUCGACAUCUUGGCUUCCUGUGAGCACCAGUACAUCGUCAAACUGCUGGAUGCCUUCUACUACGAGGACAAACUCUGGAUUCUGAUUGAGUUUUGUGCAGGAGGUGCAGUUGAUGCUGUCAUGCUGGAGUUGGAGAGGCCGCUGACGGAGCCCCAGAUUCGGGUGGUGUGUAAACAGACCCUGGACGCGCUGACGUACCUCCACGAGAAUAAGAUCAUCCACAGAGACCUGAAGGCCGGGAACAUCCUGCUGUCCUCAGACGGGGACGUCAAAGUGGCUGAUUUUGGAGUUUCUGCUAAAAACACCAGGACCAUUCAGAGACGAGACUCCUUCAUCGGAACUCCUUACUGGAUGGCCCCUGAGGUGGUGAUGUGUGAGACGUCGAAGGACCGACCGUACGAUUUUAAAGCUGAUAUCUGGUCUCUGGGCGUGACGAUGAUCGAGCUGGCGCAGGUCGAGCCGCCCAAUCACGAGAUGAACCCCAUGAGGGUCCUGCUCAAAAUCGCCAAGUCUGAACCCCCCACCCUCAUGCAGCCGUCACGAUGGUCUCCAGAGUUCAGUGAUUUCCUGAGGAAAGCUCUGGAUAAGAACGUCGACCAUCGCUGGAGCACCACACAACUUCUACAGCACCCGUUCGUUUCGAGCGUGGCUGAUAAUAGACCCCUGCGUGAGCUGAUCGCUGAGGCUAAAGCUGAGGUGUAUGAGGAGAUUGAGGACAGUAAGGAUGAGGAGGAUGAAGAGGAGACGGAAACACCGCUGGACGUUCCCGGUCAUGAACGAGCUCCAUCUGAGGUCAGUGUUGGCAGCUCUGAGGAUGAUAAACCUCCUGAAGGUGCCAGUGUGCCAACAGAGCCGCUCAGUGAGAAACCAGAACCAACCGAGGAUAAAACACCUGCUGCUGAUCGAGCCGCUGAGGACCAGACUCCUGAACCCGCCGCUGAAAAGACUCCGAAAGAACCAGAACCUCCGACGUCAGACACCACAGAGAUCCUGGAGACGUCUGUCCAGAAACCUGUGGUCAUCGGUGAGGAGACUGGAGAGGAGAACCAGGAGCCCACGGAGGAACCCGGCGGAGAUGCUGAUCAUGUACAGACGACCCCGCAGGUCGAGAAGAAGGAGGAGGAGGAGAAACCGAAUGUGACGACAGAGGAGGAAAGAGAAGCUGCUGAACCUGAGGACGGAACCAGCAGUGUACCUGAGACGGAGGAGGAGAUGGAAAAGAAAACGUCCCAACAGGAGGAGACGAGCGAGUCGAAUCCGGAGACUCGAGUUCCUGAUGAGAAGGAAAACAAACCGAAUGAGGGUGAGACGAGCUCUGAGGUCGCCCCGCCCGUUAUCAUCAUCAACGGAGAACAGGAAGAGGAAGAGGGCGGGCCGAAACAAACCGAGGAACGUUCCGUGUCCCCCAGAGCCGCUGAGGAACCUCACGUGGACCAGAACCCGAUGGCGCCGGCAGCAGUGAAGCCCGAUACAGAGAAGGAUUCGGACUCUGGCAGCAGCUCCGCGGCCGAUACCACCAGCAUGGACCUCUCCAUCUCCAGCUUCCUGUCCAGGAGUAAAGAGGGAUCCGUCUCAGUCCAGGACUCCAAAUUUCAGAAGAAGACUAUGAAGAAGACGCGUAAGUUCAUGGUGGACGGAGUGGAGGUCAGCGUCACCACGUCCAAGAUCAUCACUGACCGCGACACCAAGAACGAUGAGAUGAGGUUCCUGAGACGACAGGAGCUGCGUGAGUUGAGGUUCCUACAGAAGGAGGAGCAGCGCGCUCACCAGCAGCUCACCGACAAACUACAGCAGCAGAAAGAACAACUGUUCCGCCGCUUCGAACAGGAAAUGAUGGUGAAGAAGCGUCAGUAUGAUCAGGAGAUGGAGAACCUGGAGAAGCAGCAGAAGCAGACCGUGGAGAAGAUGGAGCAGGAUCACACCAACCGUCUGAGGGACGAAGCCAAGAGGAUCAAAUCAGAGCAGGAUAAAGAGUUCUCCAAGUUCCAGAACAUGCUCAAGAACCGCAAAAAAGAGGUUGAGCAGGAGGUCAGCAUGUCCCCCAAACACAUACGCAAAGCUCUUAGGAAACUUUUAAAGGAGGACCUGAGUGCGGCCGAGCACGAGCAGGAGCAGGAGUUCCUGCAGAAGCAGCAGCAGGAGCUGGACGGGGCGCUGAAGAAGAUCAUCCAGCAGCACAAGCUGGAGGUCGCCACCAUCGAGAGGGACUGUCUGAACCACAAGCAGCAGCUCAUGAGAGCUCGUGAAGCAGCCAUGUGGGAGCUGGAGGAGCGCCACCUACAGGAGAAGCACCAGCUACUGAAGCAGCAGCUGAAGGACCAGUACUUCCUGCAGAGACAUCAGCUCCUGAAGAGACACGAGAAGGAGACGGAGCAGAUGCAGGGUUAUAACCAGCGCCUGGUGGAGGAGAUGAAGAACCGACAGGCGCAGGAGAGGAGCCGCCUGCCCAAGAUCCAGCGCGGUGAAGCCAAGACCCGCAUGGCCAUGUUCAAGAAGAGCCUCCGGAUCACCGGCGCCGGGACCCCCGAGCAGGACCGCGAGAAGAUCAAACAGUUUGCGGUUCAGGAGGAGAAGAGGCAGAAGAACGAGCGACUCCAUCAGCACCACAAACACGAGAACCAGAUGAGAGACCUUCAGCUCCAGUGUGAUUCUAACAUCAGAGAGUUACAGCAGCUCCAGAAUGAGAAGUGUCAUGUGCUGAUCGAACACGAGACUCAGAAACUGAAGGAGCUGGAUGAAGAACACAGUGAGGAGCUUAAAGACUGGAGAGAGAAACUACGACCGAGGAAGAAGGCUCUGGAGGAGGAAUUCUCUCGGAAGCUCCAGGAGCAGGAGGUCUUCUUCAGGAUGAGUGGCGACUCCGAGUGCCUUAACCCCACCGCCCAGAGCAGAGUGUCCAAGUUUUACCCCGUCCCCAGUGUCCACUCCUCCGGAUCAUAAAGAACUGGAUCUGGUGGGAUGGAUUUCCUGAUACCAAGUGUGGCUGUCAUUAGGAACAGGACUGCAGGAACAGCAAACGGUGGUAACAUGGACAUUAUUGCUGGGGCCCCAAGUAAUUAUGGGCCUGAGGGGCCCCUGUGUGCUUUACAUUAACUUGCUGUUCAGAUCUUCAUCGUAUUGUUUCUGUUGCUCUGCUGAAAGUGUUAAAACAGGAGGAGCAGAUUCACUCAGACGGGUGUUUAGGACAUAAACAUUUCAUUACCAAUUAAUGAUCAAUUCAUUACCAGUUCAUUAAGUUCAAUCCCUUCAAGUUCUGCAGUGAAUUUGUUCUACUGUCCAGUCACAUAUAAUCUGUGGUAAUUAACACAGUGCUCAUGAUCCACUCAUGAUCCACUCAUGAUCCACUCCUGAUCCACUCCUGAUCCACUCCUGAUCCACUCAUGAUCCACUCAUGAUCCACUCAUGAUCCACUCCUGAUCCACUCAUGAUCCACUCAUGAUCCACUCCUGAUCCACUCAUGAUCCACUCAUGAUCCACUCAUGAUCCACUCAUGUUUGCCGUCUAAUAUUGAGUCUCAGGUUAGAAAAUUUGUUUUUAUUAUUUUUCACUAUUUAAAUAUUCAUAGUUUUUAAUGUCAGAACUUCCGUCCUUCUCUGCCAAAACACCGAAACAUGAAGAAUUUUACUUUUAAAACGAUUUACUAUAAAUUACUUUCAUUGUUUUUAUUUCAUGUCCUGUUUUAUAUCACGGCUUUAUUCUGGUCUGGGUCACAGUGCUGUAACACUCAGGUCUGGAGCCUCGGCCUUCCCAAAACUAUUUAGUGGGUCAGUGUAAAUCACAGCUGCACCGCCUGAGCACCAAAAUACUUUUAAUAAAGUAAAAUAUUUAUAAUCAAUCAGUUUAAUAAAAAGCUUCAUCAUUUGGUUUUAAUGCUUUACUACGUUACCCACAAUUCCAUGCAGCUACUCAGUAUCUCACCUGUAAGUGUAUUAGACUGGUGAACACACCUUCUAAUGCAUUCUGGGACUUUCUACUGUAUCAUUAAUAUAAAAUUACAGUGUUGAGUGGGACAGUGGGCAGCACGGUGGCUCGGUGGGUAGCACUGUCGCCUCAUAGCAAGAAGGUCUUGGGUUCGAUCCCCAGACGGGGUGGUCUGGUGCAUGUUCUCCCCGUGUCUGUGUGGGUUUCCUCCGGGAGCUCCGGUUUCCUCCCACAGUCCAAAAACAUUAAUUACGUUAAUACGUUAAUUACCCUAUAUGUGUGUGUGUGUGUGUGUGUGUGUGUGUGUGCGUGUGUGCGCGUGUAUGUUAGUGCGUGUGCUUGUGUGUGUGUGUGUGCGUGUAUGUUAGUGCGUGUAUGUUAGUGCGUGUAUGUUAGUGUGUGUGUGUGUGUGUGUGUGUGUUUGUGUGUAUAUGUUAGUGUGUGUGUGUGUGUAUAUGUUAGUGUGUGUAUGUUAGUGUGUGUGUGUGUGUGUGUGUGUGUGUGUGUGUGUGUGUGUAUAGAUGAAUGAAUGAUUAAUUGAAUAAUCAGAAACGUUUCAUAACUUUGUCGUAAUAUCCUGUCAAGAAAUAGCAGCUCACAGUCGCUACUGCUAAGGUACUGGACUAGUAAUCAGAAGGUUGCUGGUUCAAGCCCCGCCACCACCAAGUUGUCACUUUUGGGCCCCUGAGCAAGGCCCUUAACCCUCAAUUGCUCAAUUGUAUUCCAGGAUAAUUGUAAGGCUGCUAAAUGCUGCAAAUGUAAAUUUAAACAUCUGACCUGAACAAAUCAAACCAAAACUAAUCACCAGUGUUUCAGUAGAGCUGAAUUAAUUAUUAUGUUUUUAUUUUUAAAUCCUACAUGAAAUAAAACAAAAGGUUUUAUUAUUAAACAAAAGUAAGAUGUGUUUAAUAAUAAAACCUCAUUAUAAUAAAACCUUAUUAUUCUACCAGAUAAGCUCGUAAACACUCACGUUCCACCUCCAUCAGGAACUCCAGCUGUCCUAAAGUUCUCUGUUACUGUCUGGAGUUUAAUAUUUACAGACUCUCAUACAGGAGAAUUUUACUGUAAAGUGAAACAUUAAUUACAUGAAACUAAACUCGUCUCUACACAUUUAAUCUGACGGUAUCAGAAGUCCCAACAUGUUUAUUCAGUUCAGAGUUUUAUCACCUCACAUGAUGUUUUACAACAACAAACCUUCUACUUCUUUAAUAUAGAAACAAAUCUAUUUUGAUUUUAUAUCAUCACAGUGGACGAUUAUAACAGUGUCCCUAAAAUAAGAUUGAUAUUGUUAGGUUUGUGUUUGAUGUGACGGUGCUGUGGUGCAUUUUCGAGAAUAAAAGGAAAUUAAAGUUCAGAUUUAGUAAAUAAAUCUUUAUACUGACGGAGCAGCAGCGACGGUCCUGAAGAUUUUUGAAGAGUCGUGAUUUCAUAUGAUAGUUUUUAUUAUGUUGAUGUAUUAAGUGUAUCAUUUUUAUUAGAAAGUGUUUAUAUGAAGUAUAAACGUGCACGUCUGUGUUUGAACUCUGUGAUGAAGCGGUUGGACAGAAUCGUGCAGCAGUGUUUGAACGUUCAUCAUAUUUCUGUGUCGAUGUAAGAACGUCCUCGGUCUGUUACUGCAGCUCUGUGCUGACGGCUCGUCUGUACUGUUAGAACCCACACAGACGGGUGGAUGUUACGUGUUACAAACACACGUCUGAAUCCCAGCGGUGCUUUUAACAGCGGUGUAUCAGUUCAUAUCUCUUUAUGUUGUUUUUAUUAUUUGAAUGUAAUCAGAUUUUUAUGCUUUUUCUCUUCAUCCUUCACCGCGCUGAUGAACGAGUCGGUUUAUUCUCUCCUGCAUGCUGAAAUCCUGAAUGCUGGAUCUAAUGAAGAACUUUGUGCUUUAUUUUCACUUCCACACUUUCAGGAGAUUCGGAGAUUAAACUGCAGCUCGGGAUCGAUGCUCGCCGGUAACGGCGGGUUAGCAUGUUAGCAUGUGGCGUGUAAACCUUCCGGCACUAAAGCGUUUUUAAAAUGGAUUUGGUUUAUGGAUCUAACCUGUUUCUGAUUGAUCUGGUGUAAAUAAAAUCUUAUUAUUGUA